AUGAUAUGGAGGGGAUUGGGACACCUGAAUCACAUGAUAUGGAGGGGAUUGGAACACCUGAAUCACAUGAUAUGGAGGGGAUUGGAACACCUGAAUCACAUGAUAUGGAGGGGAUUGGAGCACCUGAAUCACAUGAUAUGGAGGGGAUUGGAGCACCUGAAUCACAUGAUAUGGAGGGGAUUGGAGCACCUGAAUCACAUGAUAUGGAAGGGAUUGGAACACCUGAAUCACAUGAUUGGGAGGGGAUUGGAACACUUGAAUCACAUGAUAUGGAGGGGAUUGGAACACCUGAAUCACAUGAUAUGGAGGGGAUUGGAACACCUGAAUCACAUGAUAUGGAGGGGAUUGGAGCACCUGAAUCACAUGAUUGGGAGGGGAUUGGAACACUUGAAUCACAUGAUAUGGAGGGGAUUGGAACACCUGAAUCACAUGAUAUGGAGGGGGCGGGGACAA